AUGUGUGUUGACGCAAUUUACAUAGCAUGUCAGGAAUUUGUUGACUGGGUUGACGGUGGAUGCUGGCUUUCCCUCUCCGAGGACGCCUCACGUACCUCCUCCCUCCUUGUGCUCCGAGAGGUCCCCUUACGCAGUCGUUCACAGUCCGCCGGAUCGGACGUAGUUGACGGUGACGCGGACUCCCUCUUAGUGCCCUUGAAUUCUGCCACGUCUAACAAGACCUCCGUUGAACAUGCCUUCAUGCUACGGCUCGAUGUGGAGGACGUUUCGCCGUGCCUAGACUUUGCUGACAAGAAGAUCUGCAGUGCCCUACGCUCAGCUCUACCUUCGCUUUCCGUAGAAAUAGAGCCGCUAGAAGGCAAAUCACCCGGCGUCAAGCAGCACUGUCCACUCAUGACCGGACAGAAUUGCGCCUUCCGACUCUUGGUGGAGGUCACGAAGCCAGACGGAUCCUCCGAGUCGCAUAGGUGGCCAAUUUCAAGCGCUGCUCGUCAGAGAAUCGCUGCGGUGGCCGACCUAUUCCAGUACCUCACACUAAUCCGUCGAGGUCUCACAGGUACCCCCAGUUCUCUAGAUUCCCCGCAAACGUCGGAGCGGCCCACACUGACCUCAGCCGAGACGCAGAAAACCCUGCGUUGGCAUCAGUUUGAAAAU